AUGAUCCAGGCACUGCUACAGCGCCUGGCCCGGUUCCUGGACCGCCCGUUCUUCCCGUGGAAGAAUCUCGUCUUGGGCUUCUCUGUUGGCCAGUUCCUCCUCGAAAACUGGCUUCUGUACCGCCAAUUCGGCGUCUAUCAGCGUACCGCGCGCCCCAAGGCCCUUGAGAAUGAAGUGAACCAGGACACCUUCGAUAAAAGCCAGGCGUACGGUCGCGCCAAGGCCAAGUUUAGCUUCGUCUCCUCCUUCUUCGGCCAGCUCAAGUCUCUCGCAACAGUGCAGUACAACUGGUACCCCAAGAUCUGGGCUCUGACCGGGGUCUGGCUUGCUCGCUUCGCUCCGUCCUUCAUCUCGGGAGAGAUUGGCCAUUCGCUCUUGUUCCUCUUCGCCUUCAGCCUGAUCGACACCAUCUUUAGCUUGCCCUUCACAUACUACCAGAACUUCGUGCUGGAGGAGAAGUUUGGCUUCAACAAGUUGACGGUCAAGCUAUGGAUUACGGACAUGCUCAAAGGCCAGGCUCUUGGCGUUGUCUUCGGCGUGCCCAUCAUGAGCGCUUUCUUGGCCAUCAUCAAGAAGACCGGUACCAGUUUCUUCUACUACAUCUGGAUGUUCAUGCUUGCCGUCCAGGUUUCCGCCAUCACCAUCUACCCGAUCCUCAUUGUGCCUCUCUUCAACAAGCUGUCUCCUCUUGAGCCCGGCCCUCUGAAGGAGGGCGUUGAGGCUCUCGCGGCCAAGCUGAAGUUCCCUCUUACCGAGCUUCAAGUCAUCGACGGGAGCAAGCGGAGCGCCCACAGCAAUGCCUAUUUCACUGGCCUGCCAUGGAAGAAGAAGAUUGUCAUCUACGACACACUUCUCGAGAAGAGUUCCAACAAGGAGGUCGAAGCGGUUUUGGCGCACGAGCUCGGGCACUGGAGCAUGGGUCACACAACAAAGCUGCUCGGAAUCAGCCAGUUCCAUUUGUUCUACAUGUUCGCCCUUUUUUCGGUCUUCAUCAACAACCGUUCGCUCUUCGAGUCCUUCGGCUUCCACACCGAGCAGCCCAUCCUCAUUGGCUUUCUCCUGUUCAACGAGGUCCUGGGCCCGACCGACUCGGUCAUCAAGCUCUUGAUGAACAUCCUGACCAGGAAAUUCGAGUUCGAAGCUGAUGCGUUUGCAGUCAAGCAGGGGUACACCCAGGAGCUGGCUGGAUCGCUCAUCAAGCUUCAGAUUCAGAAUUUGUCAGCAAUGGAUGCCGACUGGAUGUACUCCAGCUUCCACUACUCGCACCCCAUCCUAACCGAAAGACUAAGGGCGAUUGGCUACAAAGGCGAGAAGGCAUCGAAAACCGAUGAUAGCGAGAAGCCCACGAAGGCCGCUGACCGCGAGCUGUAA